UGAAAUGAAACACAUUAGCAUUAGUUAUUCUACAAGUUUCAUUAACAAACAUUCAUUCAAUUUUUCGUGCAGAAACUAUUAUAAUAUGAAAAUGAUCGCCACUCUCAUCCUGGUCUUUGCUAUUGCUUCUUCAACUCUUGCUCAAUGCCCAGUUCCUCCAACUGUCCCUGUCUCUGAUGUUGCCAAAAUUGCCGGCCGAUGGUAUCAAAUUGCUGGACCAACUUUUUCUGGAACCGAAAAUCAACCAAAAUGUGUUACCGCGGAUUUCACUCCAAAAAAGGAUGGAAACUUCAAUCUUACAAUGAACGCAACUGAUCCAGAUGGCUCAAAGAAUUCUGGUGUUGGUUUAGUCGAACGUACUGAUAAUCAGAAUUUACUUAAACUUCACACAUCACCAUACACUACGUCAUCUUCAAUUAACGUCUAUUUGGUCGAUACUGAUUUCGAUAAUUAUCUAGCUGCUUAUAUUUGCUUCCUUGAUCCUUCUCAAUCUCCAGUUCAAACUGGUGUCAUCUUAUCCAGGGCUAACACCGUGGAUGCUGAAAAGUAUGCUGAACUGACCGAUUUGUUGAUUAAUAAAGCUGGUGUCUCUACCGAUUACUUCAUAGCAACAAACCAAAAAGACUGCCAAUAUUGAUUGACCAGUUUAUUAAAAAAUGAUGCCCAAUGCUGAUACAAAUCCAAUUUACAAUGCAAUAAUUGAUUACUUUAAAAUAAACAAUUAAUACCUUAAAUAAAUAUAUAUUUCAUUGCAUAA